AUGGAAAAUACGCAAUCAGGCUCUAUUGAAUUAGAAGAAGUUGACAACGGUUCUCCCUUGGUCUCUGAGGAGAUCUGUGAGGAUAAAGAGAAUAUUAACGAUGAAGAGAAGACAGUCGAAGAACAAUCAAGAGGAAAAUCAAAAAAGAGACAACAAACCAAGUACCGCUAUUGCCUUGUGUGUAGGCGAAGAUGUCCUUCCUACUACGCCCAGAUAUUCACUACGAUACCAUCAAAGAGGGAACAAUGGCUUGAAUUGUUGAGCUCGAAGUGUGAGCAAACGAGAGAGGCACUACAGCACAAACUCAAAGACAUCCAUACAAAGAACACAUAUAUCUGUUACGAUCACUUUCAUCCAUCCCAAUUCCUCCAAUGUUACAUUAGUCGCUCCCGAAUCCUGAGUAGGCACGCGAAACCAGAGCCAUAUGUUGAAAAAGAGUUUAUUACUAAUCGUCAUGCUGUUAAAUCCCUCAAACAACUUGAAGAACCGAGUUCAAUUGAAACAAAGCCGAAAACAGUCAAGAGAAAAACUGCUGCCAAACCUAACAAGACGGUUUCAUACAAAACUUCACUUUUCCAAGAAAUUCUCUCUCUGCCCACCGAGCAUCUGACUUCCACUGAGUGGGUGAAGUUGCAAAUCAACCUAGAGCUGCUUCGUAGGAUCCGUAUGACAACAGUCAACAAUUUCCCGGAUUUGAGCAUAUCUCCCAUUCGUGGAAGCAGUGAUGAAAUCAAUGGCACCUUGCAAGUAACACAUGAAAUCAUUGACCUUACAAGAAGUCCUGACCAUACAUGGCCAAUCACAAUAGAAGAAUCUCACAGUCCUAGCCAUAUCUCACUAUCACGAAUUGAUGAAGACCCUGUCCUUAUCCGGGAAACAGAUGAUUUCAGCCGUUCAUACUCGAGGGUCUUUGAACAGAGAUCUUUGAAUCUUAUGAGCUUCCGCCACUCAACAGUGUCUAUUUCAUCUGGUUCUGAAUCUUCUGAAGACGAAGAAAAUGAUGAAAAUGACGAUGUUCAGAUUGAAACUCCCAGUGAAAUUAACAAAUCUUCUGAAGAAGCCUUCAAGAAACUGGAGAGAGCUAUUGAGCCUCUGCUUGAUGAUAGUGAUAGUGAUGGUGAUUGUGAAGAAGAUUUCAUAGAAUCCGACGUUUAUGACUUUUUGGGAGGAAUCAAAGUGUUCGUUGAUGUGCCUUGUGAGGAACAAUCCUCAGACCUUAAAGGUCAGCUAAGAAAAAUGGGAGCUGUAGUCUCUCGGCAAAUCACUUCAACGACAAGCCACAUUGUAUUUGCGGAUGGUGGUUCUAAAACGACUCUGGACAUCGCAUUAUCUAUGGAGAAGAAACCUAUUCUGGUUGAUCCUCACUGGGUUUUUGAAUGUUUCAAACAGGAGAAGUAUGUUAGUGAAAACAUGUAUUCCUUAUAUGGAGGACGAUAUCUCAUUGAGAGCUUGCGCCGGGUAUCAACUGCACUCUCAUUUCAAAUGGGAGACAAUCCAGAUGUUUCCAGCGUCAGUAGCCGAAACAUAAACUUGAGUAGGAGCAUUCAAGCAGAGUCUCAUGAAACUGAUGAGAGCUAUUUGUCGAACUCCAUCAGUCAUGUCGAUCGUUCAUCAACAGUCCAGUCCAGAGCUGACACAACUGCUAGCAUGGAAAUGACAUUUGACAAACCGAUGACCGCAACCCAACUGCUCGUCAAAAUCAAAAAACUGACGAGUAAAUUGGAUAAACUCACAUCAAAUACUAAUGAUCGCUCGUUUCGAAAGAAAUCUGAAUGUCCUCCACCCUCUAAACCCAUUGGGGAUUCUCUUCUUCAAAGUUGUGUUGAGUCUCUUGCCUCUAAAAGAGUAGUUCACAGAAGAAGAACUCAUGCAGGGUUCGUAGUUAGUCAUCGCGAACCUCUAUCCAUAGCUCACUUGCAUCAGGAAGCUAAUAAAAAUGAAUCAGAUGCUGUGACUGGCCGAUUGCCUAAGAUAACAGAGCGUGGUACUUCUCCUGACAAAGAAGUGAGGGAAGAAGUAUGUCGGGUUGUAGGUGUAAAUGAUAUGCGUAAAACAGUUCCAGCAGAUCUCAGGGAGAUUCGUGAGACUUUGAUGAGAAAUGCAUCCUACAGAAGGCGAGGAUCUAACAAGUCCAUGAAACUAUCACGAAUGUUCGGGAAUAUGAAAAUAGAUAACCGGAAGAACAUAAAUGAUAGUCAAUCUUCGAGUGUUCCUUCACUAGAGCCUCCUCGAGGUCGACGAAUAGUGAAAACGGCAUCAAAAGUUAUAAACAAUCUUCAAUGUAUCCCGAGUUCCGAUGAGUUUGUUGGUCGAAAAGAGAGUCGAGUCAAGAACAAGGAGAAGCUCGGAAUAGUUUUCACUUCCUUCCGUAAAUAUGAUGAGGCCUUAUUGAAACAGGAUGCUAGGGUCAUGGGAUUAAGAAUACAAACAGAAAUAACACAAAAUACAAGGUGUGUUAUCAGCGCCACAGGGAGUAGGACUCUGACGACGCUGAGAGGAGUUGUUAACUUGGUUCCCAUUGUUCAUUCAGAAUGGCUCAAGGCAUGUUUGGAGAAAGACUCGUUGGUGCCUUUCGACAACUAUGAAUAUGAUAAUUGGAAUGACCUUAUUGAAGAACGAGCCUCGAAUCCGCUUUCGUUCGAAUCUCUAGGAUAUGUUUUGGUGACGAAGGACUGUAGCCCGCCUUGUGAAGAACUCACUUACCUGAUAAGGAAGAGUGGCGGAAAGAUAACUCACUCUAUUUUGGAAUGUCACAUGGUAGUGACCUCUCCGCAAGCUGAGUUUGAGUUCAGCUGGGGAGACUCUCCUCCUCCUGUUAUUGUGAACGAAAAAUAUGUAUUGGAUUGUAUAACGCAGAAUCGUGUGUUGGAUUGUGAAAACUACAUCUCGCACAGAAUAGAAUCUGUGAGUGACGAAGACUAA